AUGAUAGGAAUGGACCCAGAAAUAGCACUCUACUACAAGGAUAGACAGGAAAAGCAACUCUACCUCAAGAACGAGAUCCAAGAUCAAAACUAUAAUGUCGCUGAAUUCGCAUAGUUCUUGGAUUACAAGAGAGAGAAGGGCACUGAUGUAGACACAUGGACUUUGGAAGAACUCGAGGAAGUAGUUUCUGAAUUCAAGCAAAACUAUGCACCCUAGUUCGAUUAAGCAGCUAUGAUGCAACACUUUGAUGAUUAGCAAGAGUAUCAGCACAGAUAAACUUUUGCUUAGAUGGUUGCAAACGAUAGUCAGUAAUAGUAAUAUGGUGGCUAUCCAAACAAUGAGGGCCAUCAGGAACAAUAUAAUAACGAGUUUGACACUCAAUAGUAAGAUCAGCAGCUAUCUAACUCCAUGAACCAAUAAUUGCAUUUUGAAGAGAAAAAGGAUUUAUCAUUUGAAGUCAUUCAGCAAAAUGAAUUCAAUAGAGUCAAGAUAAGCAGGCAAUACAUCGAUACCAAAAAGAUCUAAGAUGCUCCAACUCCACUUAAUUUUAAGAAGGUUGAUAUUAGAGUAAGCGAAGGACUAAUAAAAGAUGCAGGUCUUUUCAGUCAGAAUUAUAUUACUUACAAGAUUGAAACGCUACCUCUUAACUAUGAUGUGCGAAGAAAAGAUGCUGACUUCUUAUUCCUAAGAAAAAUUCUGGUUAAGGGUUAUCCCCAUAUCAUUGUCCCGCCCUUGCCAUCCAAGGCCCCAAAGCCCAAUCCAAAAUAUAUAAAGAAGAGAGAAAAAUACUAUUAGAGAUUCCUAUAAGCUAUUGCAAGGUCAGAGGAGCUGAAGUCAUCUUAAUUCCUUCUUGAUUUCCUUUUUGACAAUGACCUCAAGAAUUUCCAAAAAGCGAUGAAAGAAGCUGAUAAAGCCAGGUAUCCAAAAACCAUUGAUGAGCUUAUUACAUAUAAAGGCCAGGGUAAAGUGUAAAUGACUUCCAAUAGUUCUGCAUUCUGCACUAAAAUGGUUGACUAUGCUGACAGCUAUCAAAUCCUUUACAAAGAAAUGAUUGACUGCGCUAAAGAGAUUAAUGAGAAAUCACAGGAGUUAGCUUCUACCAUGUACUAGCUUCAUAAGUUUAUAGAGCAGAUGAGCGAGCUUAAUAGAAUGAUUAAAUGUCAAUCUCAACAUGAAUUAUUUGCUUGGCUAUCUAAGAUGAUUACUGGCUCUGGCAACUUUAUAGCUUAGCAAGGUGAACUUAUUGAAAAGUAUCUGGGAGAGCAUAUGAAAUUUCAUUUAGACGAGCAUGAGCCAUUUAGAGAGCUAUUCACUAUUAGAGAGCAAUAAAAAUAGGCCUAUGUUAAAAUAGAGAAAUCACUGAUUGAAAGAAAAGAAAAGUUAUUUAAGUCUAAGGAUGUCUACAAAUGGGGUGGCUUUGUGGAUAAUAUUGAACUUUUAAAGCUUAAAGACGAACUAUUAGCUGAUAAAGAUAAAGCAUUCUAAUAUAUGCUUCCAAAAGAGACAAAAGAAGUCGAGGCCAAGAGAGAGGAGUUAUGCUUCUACACCAAUCAGUGCUGGGAUGAGAUUCGCAGAGUAGGAAAUGACAAUGGCAGACUUAUCAGAGAUCACUUUAGAGACAUGAGUCAAAUUCAGUGCUCUUACAUUAAUCAGAAUCAUGUGAUGUGGGCUGACUUUUUAUCUCAUUUCGCUGAGCUUGCUGCUUAGGAUCUAGAGUAAGAUAAGAAGUAGGAACAGGAAUAGCAGUAGUAGUAAUUGAAAUUCGAUGAGAACAUUGAGACCAGAGACGGUGGCAGUGGAGGCACUGGUAGAAUUGCUUGA